CGUAACGUCCAGAGACGCUGGGAUCAUGAGCGAGACAUCACAAGAAAGCGGUUUUAAUAAUGUUGUUCAUCGCGUUUGGAAUGCGCUUGAUGUUGCCAGACGGGAACUGGCGUCGCAGAGGGACGAAGACAACCUGCUGAGAGCCACAAGGAGCACAUUUAGGAGGCGAAGAAGAGCGGGUCCGAUGGCAGAAGCACAAGCACCUGUAAAUAGGCCAAGUGGAGUUUGGAAAGUGAAGCUCUUCCUGCUGCCAAAUGCUGACCAAAUUGUCCUUCCGCCUCAUGCAGAAUGCAGAAAACUAACCAGAGUGGGCUUAGGGAUCCCGAGUCAUGAUUUGCCAGGGGAAGGCUCACAAAGAUGUUAUGCACAACUUUCCUGGACUCUCCCAGAGUUUAAUAAUUACAUUUGCCAAAGCUUUCCCACAGUUAGCCUGAAUGUAAUUGGAUUUCAUCUCGCCAGAGCUGACAAGUCCAGGGUUCUGAGUAAAAUUCAGGCAAAUACACUGGAGGAGGUGAGGACAGCAGUUGGCAGAAGCAGGGUGUAUAUUAUUCCCCAGACCAAUAUUACACUGCCACAGAUCCCAGGACCUGAAAGAACUCGUACCCUGCCAGAAACAUCUCCACCUGAUGGACCUGAGUCUCUACCUGCUUCUUCAUCAUCCACACCACCAAUGGCCACACCCACUACUUCACCAUCAGCCAUCAGAUCUGCAGUCUCACCUGCUGCCCCCCAGCAAUUCAUGUAGGUCCAGCCCUGUUCCCCGCACCAUCAGCCAUCAGACCUCCGGCCUCACCCGCUGUCCCCCAGGUC